UUAAAAAGAACGUUAUAAACCAAUUAUAACAAAUUGGAACCAUCAUCUUCCGCUAGUUCUGUUUUUUCGUUAAACUACGUUAAACCAUCGAUUAACAAACAUGGCAUCCAUCGCAAUUGUUAGUUCCUUCGUACUCAUGUUUACACUUAUACUUUCCAUUAUUUCUGUCGUAAAUUCUACGGAUAGUUAUUACAUGUCUGCAAGAGUUGAGAGCUGUAGUGGUUGCUCACUUAAUCGACUGCCGGAUGUCAAGCAAUUUAUUUUUGAGGACCUACCACAAUAUGAUAAUGUAGAAUUCAAGCAUAUCCCAGGUGCAAUACCAGAACUUGUAUUGUUCAACAGUCACGAAGAGGAAGUAGAAAGGUUAGUGUUGUCUAAACUGACUCGAGAAGAAUGUAACGAGUUACUAGUCUCCAAAGGCUUUACGAAGAAGUUCAAAGAUAAUAAGGAUGAGAUGUGAAUCUUCUAAUCGGUAUAUAUUAUAAAAAAUAUAUAU